UCCCCUUUAUUUGACAUAUCUUCCCCAAAACAAUCCAACAUAUAUAUGAUUCCUUAGCCACCAAUAAUUUGGAAAGUCUUUGAGCUGACCAAACCAAACAUGUUUCCUUUACAACGAUGCAAUGAACUGGCGAAACCCUUAUCUAAUAGUCUCAACCACCACCAACAUCACAAAAUCUCUGAAGAUCUGAUUCUUGAUGAUUGUGAUUCUCUAGUAAUUGAUUUUUCUCUUAAAAAAAUGGAUACUAACCGGCCACCAAACAAAUUAUUUUAUAUAGAUCGUGCAAAUCAUGGUAGUAAUCGUAAUUCUAUUGAAGAUAAGAAGAAAAUGGUUCAUAGGGAAAUUGAGAAGCAAAGGAGACAAGAAAUGGCUACCCUUCAUACUUCUCUUAGAUCCCUUCUCCCUCUUCACUUCAUCAAGGGAAAACGUUCUUUAUCUGAUCAAAUGAAUGAGGCAGUGAAUUACAUAAAUCACUUGAAGAAGAAUAUGAAAGAACUAAGUUACAAAAGGGAUGAACUGAAAAAACUCUCUAAUCCUAGUCUUAAAAAUAAAAGCCAUGUUUCUUGUAGUUUCACUAUCCACAAGAAUAAUAGAACUGUGGGAAUUGAAAUCAGUACUAAAACUGGCUUUAUAGAGGAAGGUGCCCCACUUUCUAAAUUUCUGGAACAACUGAUGAGAUAUGGACUUGAUGUUGUUAGCUGCUUUUCUAUUCAAGUCAAUGGAAAAUUACUCCAUAGUGUGCAGUGUGAGGUUAUCAAUUCCGACAGUGUAGAUCUAACUGAGCUAAGAAGGAACUUAUCCAAUUUGAAUCCGUCAUUUAGUUGUUCAGAUUAAACACAAAAAAUGUCAUAUUUAUAAUAUUCUCUCUUUCUAACUGGCUGGUGAUUUCUUAUAGAUUGAGUUUGCUUGUGUGCAAUGUAAAUAUUGAAUCCAUGUAGGAUCUCUUUGGUUUUUGCAUUUUUCUCAUUUCUUAUUGUGUUACUCAAAAUUAAUUAAUUGUGAAGUUUAGCAUAGAAAUCUAUUACUGUUUUGUAUA